AUGGAAGAAUUUUUAUCAAUGAUCGGAUUAGAUCCGCUGAUUAAUCUGUUCGCCAAGGAACAAAUUACACUGGAUGUAUUGUCCAGUAUGACACAUGAUGAUCUAAAAGCUAUUGGUAUUGAUGCAUUUGGUGUACGAUUCCGCUUACUCAAAAAUAUCGAAAAAUUCACAGGAAAGAAGCAGUAUCGUGAGCUUUUUUUUUGA